AAGCCCCUGACAAGCCAGUCACCCACUUCCUGUUUACGUUUCCACGGAUGAGCGCAGGAAAAUAAACUACAGAUAACUUGAGAAACAAAUUCUUCACUACUUCGGUGGCGGCUCGUCUCAGUUAGCCUCCCUCUUCACUACUGUACCGAGGCGCCGGAGAGACGGAAGGACCCGUCCUGCCCCUAGUGUAGGAGCGAAGAGAGCUAGCCGGGGCUAGCAGGUAGCUGGUAGCUAGCGUCUCAGCAGCACGUCAACACUUACCUGAGCUCAACGUCUGCCAGUAUGGAGAAUAGAUAUAACCUCAAGAGUCCAGCAGUGAAGAGGCUGAUGAAGGAGGCUGCUGAACUGAGGGAUCCCACAGAGCACUACCACGCCCAGCCGCUGGAUGAUAACCUCUUCGAGUGGCACUUCUCCGUACGCGGGCCUCCAGAUUCAGAUUUUGAUGGUGGCGUUUACCACGGCAGGAUCGUGCUUCCACCAGAGUAUCCCAUGAAGCCCCCCAGCAUCAUCCUCCUCACACCGAACGGAAGAUUCGAAGUUGGUAAGAAGAUUUGCCUCAGCAUCUCUGGCCACCAUCCAGAGACCUGGCAGCCGUCUUGGAGCAUCCGAACUGCCCUAAUCGCUAUUAUUGGAUUCAUGCCAACAAAAGGAGAGGGAGCAAUAGGAUCUCUUGAUUAUACCCCAGAGGAGAGGAGGGCCCUUGCCAAAAAGUCCCAGGACUUCUGCUGUGAGACGUGUGGAUGCUCCAUGCGCUCUGCCCUCCUGGCUCUGACCCCCAACAGCCACCCCAGCGCAGAGGACCACAAGGCCAAAGAACUGGCUCAGCAAAUCAACUUCAAGGCAGAGUCAAGUUCAUCCAGACCAGCAAGUGAGAGUGGAGGUGCUGAGAAUGGAGGUGCUGAGAAUGGAGGUGCUGAGAAUGGAGGUGCUGAGAAUGGAGGUGCUGAGAGCGGAGGUGCUGAGAGCGGAGGUGCUGAGAGCCAUCCGUCCCCACUCGGUGAGGGAGACACCUCCCCUUCUGCCGUAGAGGAAGCUGCUGAAUCUCCCCCGGCUGAACAGCCUGAGGCACCUCCUGCCACAGGCGUAGAGGGAUCGCAGCCCCAAACAGCCCCCAGCCCUGGUCGCCCUCUCAGUCCCCGGCAGCGUCGCACCCAGCAGCACAGCCACCAGGCUCAGAGGGACAGCAGGCCGGCGUUCCCCGCGCCCCCUCGUCAGCCUCAGGUUGAGAGCCACGCGGGCUCGGUCGUCCUCAUCGUGGUGCUCACCCUGGCCCUGGCUGCACUCAUCUUCCGCAGGAUCUACCUGGCACAAGAGUACAAGUUUGACUACGAGCUGUGACCAUACACACAGACACACUGGGCGACCCCUCCACCACCUCUUCCCCCCUCCUAACCCCACGGGUCAGCCCCCCCCUGCCACCAACUCAACUGAACUUCGACCAGCCGAAGUGGAAGCAAGACCGAUGACAGCGGCCGACACACUUAGUGGCAUCCGUGCCCGUCUGCCCGUCAGCCGAGGGUGCAGCCAGGAACUGUCAUUCCUGCAGGGGGAGCCACUCCACUUACCACAACAUCUCCAGGGUGUCUUUUACGCAAUGUGAAUUUUUACUCUCCAGAGUAUCAUGCAAUUUUAAGAAUGGGAAGUUUAGUUUUCUUGUGAUCGGCUCAGCAGCCACAUUCACAAAAUGACUCCCUCUGUGUAUCUGUCUGUCCUUGGGCUGCCGCUAAUUCCCUUUAUUUUAUUAAAAUUGUAAUAUGAUAUGCCCACCACGUAGAAUCAUGGGGGAAUUUUUUCUCAGAGUUGUUAUUUGGUCGCGGAAGCACAGAAAAUGUAAUAUAAAGAGUUAUUUUUAAUGGGCUUUGAAUUCCUCUUCCAAACAGGGCUUUAUUUUAACAGUGCAAGUGCAACAUCCAGUUUAGUGUGAUGACUCGUUUAGCUAACGUGGGUGUAGCUGGUUUAUUAAAUCCCCCGCUCCAUGUCUUGCAGUGUAAAUGUUCUCAUCAUUGUACAGUAGCAAGAAUAAAGCAGGACAUGCAUCGGUAGUGUAUUGGAAACAAAAGGAAAGGAGGCAGUCAUUGAUGAGCCCUCCUGAUCUGAUGUGUUCUGUAGAAAUGGACACAGUGCUGGGUUACUACGGACCAGUCGGAUGUGUGGGUCUGUGUGUGUGGCUGCACCGUUCACAUCAGAGGCUGCAGGUUCAUCCACACGCAGUUUGUGUACUGCCGCGUUUAGAAGCCGACAGGGAUUCAAUGAACUGAAGUAUUUUUCAUCCAACAUACUGCAGCUGUGAUAACAGAUACUUUAAGAAUCAAAGAGUUGCUAAUGGCUCAGUGCAGCCUGAUGUUCUAACAUCCAUGAGCUACGUCAUAUUCUGUGACCUUGUGCAAUGUGGGACUGCAGGGCGGUUGUAUCACACUGUCUGCCGGUGAGGUCACAUAGGAGGUCACACUUUCUGACGCAGGCCAUGAGAAAACGUGACCGUGUUGUUCCUAGGAUUAUAAAGUUCAACUAUUGUCUCCUGUUUGGACUGUGUCCUUUUCCCUGUUUUUUCUAAUAAAAAAAAAAAAUCACAACUGUCAUCAGAGACAUUGACAAUGAGAAGACGUGACCCCCCCCAUUAAACCUGCAUCUUAAAGAAAUAAAGAAUAUGUAGAGUCGAGAUAUUAUCCGGUUUCUCUCACCACUUUAGGAGAAAUAAUAACAUUCAUAUCGCUUAAAUGACAACAGACACUUGUAAAAAGGGUCAGUGCAUCCGUGCAGCAAGAUGUCCUGCGGUCUCGCAUUAAAGGGUCACACCGGCGGUUUCACACAUCAAAGUGUGUCUGCGGGUGGUGGGGUCGUACGGAGCCGAGUGCGGCGCCAGAUGGAGCAGUGUGAGGUCUGAUAAAUGUCCUGGAGCGAUGUCACUUUAGUCAGCGUGGGAUGGGCCUGAAGACUACAAAUUGUUAUUAUUGUUCUUGAUAGUGGAUGAGAGUUAGAGUAGAUUAGCCACUACGAGCACAACACCACUAAAUCUCUGACCAAACUGUUGGUGGCCAAGUUGCAUUGUAGGAUAUGUAGAUAUGUAUUCAAAUUUUUCCAGCCACAGUUUCAUAAAGAACAUAAACAUUUUCGCUCUUCUCAUAUAGACAUAGGAGAUCUGUAACUUGUGCAUCGCUCACACUAUGGUCCAUAACGUUUCUACUGUCCACGCAGACAGCUAUACCUCCUAGAGUCCGCUGCAGUUGUUCAAUCAAUGCAGUUCUCUCUCUUAUCACUCUCACACGUCUCUCAGAAUCAGCGGCGUGUGAGAGUGACCGUUGUCUGCGAAACGCACAAAGUGUUCAAAUCGAACUCUCCCCUGAGCUGGACAAGACAUUACCAAAAUCAAAGACAAUUUCAAGGAAUUCUAGGGAAGGUAGUGAACAGUCUCCGCUGGUCUAAAUGCAGCUCCUGGGGUUAUAAUUCCCAUCAGUCCCGUCAGGAUGAUGAGGUAACUGUUCCAGAAUUGGCUACUGAAAUAUAGCUAUUAUCACCAUGGCAACGUUUACCGAUGAGAUCAUUUGAAGGGAUUAUUCGCACCAUUAAACCGGCGGGUUCAGUUCAGGUUUGACUCUUUGGAUCUGCAGCCUGCCUCUGCCUUCACACCUACAUCAGUUCUUAUUUAUUUUCAUUUGAAUCUGGAAGUGUUUAUUUUUUUUCUGCUGACACUGUAAAUCCAUUGCUUUAUAUCUCUCCCCCCUUGCUGCUUCUCUCCCCUGCUGCUUCGCAGUAUUCGCUUCGUGUCCCUGUGCAUUAAUCUCAUUUGACUGGCAUUCUCUGAAGCUGUAUGCAAACCCUCAUUUCCCCCUGCUUGUAUAAAUAGACUUGAACACUGUCUAACGUUUAUCCUCUGUGAUAAACUUUGAGUAGGGUUUUGAGACUCACAGGAACUGGGAAGCAAUUCAUAAUUCAUUCCGAUAGAUUUGACAGCAUAUAAAUAUCCAGAGGUGGUCGUAGAAGCCUACCUGUUGAGUGGAACAACUUAUCUUGGUAGUUUUCUCUCUUAGUUGAGCAACAUCUUCUCCCUGUAUACUCGUGCAGGGUUUACUUGAAGGCAGCAGAGUUUCUCACAAUCGCUCCAUUUCUGCCUCUUUAGUUGGGCUGGUGAACUGACAUGAACAGAAAAUAAAUGACUUGAAGGAUAAAAUGUAUUUGCAAUGUGUGAAGUUUUAUCGUUUCUUAAUUAUAUCUAUACAUCUUACAGGGAUUAUGUAGGAUACUGUUCAAUAAUCUUGAGGAUUGGUUUAUUUCCAGGUUCUAGUGUUGAAACACAAGUAAGAGUCUAGCACCAUGUUAAUCAUUGCUGAUCUAAAGAAAUGUCUGCCUCAUGGUGAUGCUACAGGAAAUGUCUGUGGUCAUUGGAUUCAGCCUAUGGUUAUAAUAACUGUCAAUUUUAAUAAAGUUUAAUGGCAAUCAUA